UUGAAAACGUUUUUUUUGUGUGUGUGUUGAUCGAUGACGUAUCAUAGCCUCGCGAAUCCACCAGAUCCCACAAGCGGACAUUUAACGGGAACAGGCUGCAUGUUUCAUGCUUUUUAUGAAAAAAAAUCUAACCAGAACAGUGGUUCCAUCAUGGUGCGUACAGUAGCAGUGAUUGGGGCAGGUCCCUCAGGUCUGACCAGCAUCAAGAGCUGUUUGGAUGAGGGUCUGGAGCCCACCUGCUUUGAGAGCAGUGAAGACAUCGGAGGGCUGUGGAGGUUUAAGGAGCAUCCAGACCCAGGCAGGGCCAACAUCUACCAGUCAGUCAUAAUCAACAGCUCCAAGGAAAUGAUGUCAUACAGCGACUUCCCUCCACCAGCUCACCUGCCCAACAACAUGCACCACUCCCAGCUGCUGAUCUACCUACGACUUUACGCUGAGACCUUUGACCUCUUCAAGCACAUCGUCUUCCAGACCACUGUGGUGAGUGUGCGACAGAGGCCAGACUUCCCAGUAUCGGGCCAGUGGGAGGUGGAGACAGAGAGGACAGAAGGUCAGAGGGAGUCUCAGGUCUUUGAUGCUGUGAUGGUCUGCACCGGUCACUUUACACAACCACACCUGCCUCUCAAAGACUUCCCAGGUAUAGAGGAGUUUGAGGGCAGGUACUUACAUAGUUGGGAAUAUCGCAGUGCUGAGGGGCUGCAGGGGAAGAGGGUGGUGGUGGUCGGGAUCGGGAAUUCUGGAGGUGACAUCGCUGUGGAUGCCAGCAGAGUAGCGGAGCAGGUGUACCUCAGCACACGGAAGGGGGCAUGGGUGGUCAGCAGGGUGGGGGCAGGGGGCUUGCCAGGUGACCUGGUGGGCACUUCACGAUUGGACAAACUGCUGCAGAAGCUCUUCCCCUCCUGGAUUACCUGGAUGAUGGAGAAGAAUCUGAAUCAGAGCUUUGACCACAGACUGUACGGCCUACAGCCAAAACACAGGUUCUUUGCCCAGAUCCCGGUGGUGAAUGAUGACCUGCCUGGUAGAAUCAUCUCUGGUCGUGUUCUGAUCAAACCUAACAUCAGGGAGAUCAGAGGCUCCAGUGUGGCAUUUGAGGACGGCAGUGUUGUGGACAAGGUGGAUGUUGUCGUGUUUGCCACCGGCUACAACUAUGACUUUCCCUUCCUGCCUUCGGGUCUGCUAGCUAAUAGCAGUCACCACCUGUCUCUGUACCGUAAUGUGUUCCCCCCUGGGCUUGCCCGGCCCAGUCUGGCUGUAGUGGGCUUCGUCUGUAACCUGGGAGCCAUCAACCCUCUGGCUGAGAUGCAGGCCCGCUGGGCCACCCGGGUCUUUAAAGGGUUACUAACUCUGCCCUCUGAAGAAGCCAUGCUGCAGGACAUAAAGAGAGACACCAGCACCUUGCAAAACAGGUUUGCCUGUUUGGAGCGUCACCCUCUCCAGGUGGACCAUAUCCCCUACCUGGACUCCAUGGCAGAGGAGUUAGGGGUUCGACCCAACCUCCUAGGGCUGCUGCUGAGGGAGCCUGGUGUGGGGCUUCGUGUGCUGCUGGGGCCCUGCACUCCGUACCAGUACCGUCUGAGAGGGCCAGGGCAGUGGGACGGGGCCCGCCAGGCUAUCCUCACCCAGUGGGAGCGAGUAGCCCAGCCAUUCAGAACCAGGAUGGCUGCACAACCAGAGAGCAGAACCAGAGCCUCCUGUAGUCUGAGACUGACAUUGACCCUGUCUGGCGCUGUUCUCCUACUAACCCUCUAUACUAGACACAGUCUCUCAUCACUCCUCUCACAUCCCACAGGCCUCCUCUAUAAGCUGUACAGUCCAUCUGAGACCAUGUGGGGGUGGAAAUGAACACUGGGUCUAUUGCAACCACUGUUGGCCACCAUUUUAUCUCCAGGUGAUCUCUUGUUAAACCAUCAAUACACGUUAACAUCACCCAUACAGCUGAUCUCAAUUGCUUCCCAAUUUGCCGCUCCCAAAAAGCAGAGCUACGUGUGAGGUUGAUGUUAAGUUAGUCCUGUUUCCUCCCAACAUGUUCACACUCUGCAGGGUAUUCUCUUUGGUAGAAAUAAAACCUGGUAAUCGGCUGACUAAGGGGUGAUUUAAAUAUUUGAUAAUCAUUCAGUACAACUACAAUAGUAAUUUCUUGUUUAAGACUGCAAUUAUACUGUGGCAAUAUAGGUUAUAUGAAGGAGAAACUCAUGUUGGUGCACUCAUUACUUAUUAAUUUACAAAUUAUGUAAUUCAUGAAUUAUUACUUGUGUAAUUAAGUAUGGCUAAAAUAUCCCUAAACUGUCCAUCUAAAAUGUGUAACAAAAUCAAGCCAAUCAUGAUUGAGUUAAUAUAAUCUGUAUUAAAUUAUAGUCUAAUCAAGGUUUUUCAGAUUACACAAAUUAUAUUCUAGUAUGUUUAUAUGAAUAUAUAAUACUUUAUUCUUUAGGGCUGUAAGAGUUAUUCAGUUAAUUCAAAUUACGUUUUUGUAAUUUUAGUGCUCACAUUUAUUUUUAUUGUGGUUAAUCAAAUUGUCUAAAAGUGCACAAAAUACACUGAAAACAAUCUAUACAGCUAAAAACAACAAUGCAAUGUCAAAAUAAGAUGAAAUUGAGGUUAAAGAAAGUGUGCUUUAUCAAUCUACCUGAUUUUGCUAACCGUUACUUUUGAAUAAAACCUCUUAAAUCACAGCUUAAUUUGAGCAAUUUCUGAGUUUUCCAUUAAUCGUGAUUAAUCACAGGAAAUCUUGCGAUUAACUCAAUUACAUGUUUUUAUAGUUUGGCAGCCCUAAUAUUCUUACAAUAUGCAUUUUACAUGAUUUACCAGCCUUCUGAUUUGGAAUGAUCCUUAUAGUUGGAUACUUCAUUGGGGACGGGAGUAGAUACCAAACAUCUGCAUCUUGGCUAUCAGACUUGUUUGACAUGGUAACAACAUGAGACCAACUGAUCUGUGGGUUUAAUCUUGUGGAUAUUUGGUUGAAAGCAAGUUUGUCUUAACACUUAGGUGCAUGUAAUUUCCCAUUUAGUAGCAUCAAGUGCUAACAUACAACUGCGUGUUAAGUUCUGCCUGUUGGUUGCAAUGGGCCCAUAAGAGCAGGGGGUAGGCUAAGUGUGUGAAGGACAACUACUGUAGACUAAGACCAUUGUGCUGUCUUAUUAGAGAAAAAUGACAAGAGAAUGCAAUAAAGCAUGGCUAUCAAACCCUGUUUCUGGAGAGCUGCCCUCGUAUGUUUUCGCACCAACCCCAGUUGUAACUAACCCGAUGCUGCGUUCAUGACCAAGUGGGAAGGCGGUAAUAUUUACCACAAACAACUGGGAAAAAUCCAGUUCAAUGGCCCUCCAACUGGUAAUUAGUAGUGGGAAACUUGUCUCAUUACUGUGCUUUGAGUUUCCCACUUGCACCUCUGAUAUCACUGUCAACAGAAAGACUACAAGCCUGGCAGCAUCUUCAGCAGUUGUUGUUCAUGGUAAGAACUAAAUACAAAUUGUUGAUACACAAUUCUUUCUGUUAUUUAUUUUGAUUUAUAAAGUGAAAUCAGCUCUGGAUAUACUUUUUAUGGGCGGAAAGUGUCUGUUUUGCUCAAUCACAAGCCUUCUAAAGACGUCCAUGUUUGUAUUUCCCAGUUCAAAACGUAAAUGUACCCAGCUCAUAUUUACGACUUCACAACGGGUAAUUACCACCUUCCCACUUGGUUAUGAAAGCAGCAUGGUUCAGUUUAUCAACCAGCUAAUUAAAUCUGGUGUGCUACAUUAAAAGUUGGAGUGAAAACCUGCAGGGUGGUAGCUCUCCAUGAAUAGGGAUAUGCCCUGCAAUAGAGCUUGCCUUAGCCCCUGCAUGUAAAGUAGGCCUGGCAGGAGUUGAAAAUAAGUAUUUGUCAAUGAAUGGAGAUGAUUAUAUAUAAAUAUUUUAUCAUCUAUUAAAUAGUUUGAUUAAUACAGUUAUUGAAACACA